ACGGCCGACGUCGUACUUCUCUCCUCCGACCAGGUCAAAUUUUGGGUCCACAAGAAUAUACUGGACCUAUCAUCUGAGGCUCUCGCACACAUUGUCUGCGCUGGAUCUGUUGGCCAUCACAUCGUCAACGGAGUGCGCCUCGUUCAGCUAGAAGACAACGCGAAGAUCCUCGACGGCCUCCUGAGAUACUGCUAUCCUCUGGAUAGGCCAGAUGUCAGCGACUUCUCCACUAUGCAGGCCCUUCUAGACGCCGCCUUGAAGUAUGAAAUGCCACACGCUGCCAAGAGUCUGCGACGAGCGCUGAUUUCCGAAGCAUUCCUGAACAGUCAUCCUCUCCGUGUCUUUGCCACCGCCUGUCGCUACUUGUUGCAUAAUGAAGCCUGCAUUGCUGCGAAGGCUACGCUUCAGCACGACAUGAUAAGCCCCGAAGCACCGGAGCUCAAGCGGAUUAAUGGGUUAUCCUACCACCGGCUACUGACUUUCCGGCAGAAAUGCGUUCAAGGUGCCCUGUCUUUACUAUCGAACUUCCACUGGGUCCUCCGGGAUGACUGGGUCUGGCUACAGUGUCAAUCUUGCGCAAGUGCCUCACACACGUGGCGAUUUGCGCAUGCACAGGGCACCUAUCCAGUUCGUAAAUGGUGGGUAGGUUAUAUAGAACGAGCAUCCAAGGCUUUGAAAGAGAAGCCGUCGCCUGGGGUCCUCACGACCCAGGCUAUACUGCGGGAAUGCACGAGAGAAGCGACUCAGUGUCGCACCUGCUGCGAGAAGGCGAUCUGGGACCUCCAAGAGUUUAGCCAGCUUCUGGCUGCGCAAGUAAAAAGAAAGAUAGACGAGGUUCGC